AGAACAAUUUUUUUGUUUCAUUUUCAAAUUUGCGCGCGAAGAUUCGAAACCACUGACAAAGAAAGGGCGGUGGCGGCAGGAUCAUUCUGGCACUUCGGCAUGAGAUGACGUAGAUCGAGGAUACCGCGCCGAGAGCAACGUGCCGACGAGCAAUGCCCCGGCACCAAGCCCUGUCGGUGACGUGAGCAACGUCCGAUUCGUUAAUGCCGACGUCACGAUGGACCACAACACGCACAGCCAGAACGACACGAGGAAACCAUUCGCCGCGUCCACCAUGCGAUGCGUUUGCACCUCCCGUUGCUCGAAGCGCACGGUCCGAUCUUCGACAGUACUGGUGACAGGGAAAACCUCUGCCUUAACCGACGGUGGAGUUGGAUCCGUGUCCCCCUGAAGGUCGCCAACGUCGCCGCAGAAAGACGCCUCCGGUGACUUGUCUGCAGGGCUUCGUGGUGGAAAGUCUGCGAGAUCGCUUGCAUUGGAGAAGCGUUGCCCGUCGUCGCUCGCUCCACCUUUAAUGUCGCGGCAACCGUACGGACAAAGGUGUGGCAUCGAGGAUGGACGACUAAGCAGUACAUGGGAGGACGACGACGACGAGAAUGACGAUGACGGAAUCGGCAUGAGGGGGUUGUUCUUUGCAAUGUAUUGUCCAGGAUGGUGGUUCAAUGAAGCCACCACCUUGUCAUCCUUUGUGCCCACACAUUCCUUGCAGACCCGGCGCAUGCACUGGGGACAUUUUCGCCGCUUGGAAAAGAUGCCAAUGUUGCCGUCGCACCGCGAACAAGUCGGCAUCGCGUCGCAAUCAGCAAGUUUCACGUGAGUUG